CAUUUGUUCCACCAUCAUUAAAAAGAAACAUCGGGAGUCGGCGUUUAUAUACUUUUUUGUGUUGGAAAAGAAAUAAAGAAAAAUUUAAAACUUGCAAAAUCGGGACAUUUGCAAGUGUCCAGCCUGUAGAUUCUACAUAGAUUAUUUAUCCUCUGACUUGUAAAUAAAACCUAUUUCUUGCUCGCCGGCAAGACAGACAAAAUGGCUGAGUAUUUGGCGUCCAUCUUUGGCACUGAAAAAGACAAAGUAAAUUGUUCGUUUUAUUUUAAAAUAGGAGCAUGCCGUCAUGGUGAUCGCUGCUCCCGCAUACAUAAUAAGCCUACAUUUUCUCAAACUGUGCUACUUCAGAAUCUGUAUGUAAAUCCCCAGAACUCGGCUAAAUCUGCAGAUGGUUCUCAUUUGGUAGCAAACGUUUCGGACGAAGAAAUGCAAGAGCAUUAUGACAACUUUUUUGAGGACGUUUUUGUUGAAUGCGAGGAUAAAUAUGGUGAAAUUGAGGAAAUGAACGUUUGUGACAACCUUGGAGACCACCUAGUCGGCAAUGUCUAUAUAAAAUUUCGCCAAGAAGCAGAUGCAGAAAAGGCUGCAAAUGAUUUGAAUAACCGUUGGUUUGGAGGACGUCCGGUGUAUUCAGAAUUGUCACCGGUAACCGAUUUCCGUGAAGCCUGUUGCCGUCAAUACGAAAUGGGAGAAUGUACUCGAUCUGGUUUCUGCAAUUUUAUGCACUUGAAACCAAUUUCAAGAGAUCUACGCAGGUACUUGUAUUCUCGUCGCCGUCGUUCUCGUUCCCGCUCACGUUCACCAAGACGCCGACGCUCCCGUUCCCGCGAUCGUCGUGAACGAGGUGGAGCUGGUGGCGAUAAUCGCAAACGUUACUGAUUGAAUAUUUUACCACAUAAUGAGUUGGAAUGAAUAGGGUUUACACUAUUCCAGCCUAUUAGAAACAACAGACCCCUUGCAAAAAGCAAAUUUACAAGUUAAGUUAUUCUUCCCACAAAGCAAAUUCAAUUUAUGUAUGUUUAAAUAUACCAAACUAAUAAAGCUCCAAUUAGUUCCACUAUACAAAA